AUGCGAUUCCUCAGCGAGAUAAAUGUCCUUCUGCAGCUCGCCGGCACGGCUGUCGCCCUCCCUAGCAAACGCGCCGCCACGCCGCCGAAAGCUGACCAUGCCAAGGCACAUGAGGUUAAGCAAGCCUUCGAGAUCUCCUGGAACGGCUACUACAAGCAUGCUUUUCCUCACGAUACGCUCCGUCCCGUGACUAACACGUACGUGGAUGAUCGGGCCGGAUGGGGUGUGACUGUAGUCGAUGCUCUCGACACAGCGAUUGUCAUGAAUAGCUUGGAAAUUGUGCAGCCAAUGCUUGACCAUGUCGCCAAGAUUGACUUUACCACAACGGCUCAAGAAGACUACGGCAUCUCUCUCUUCGAGACGAAUAUUCGGUACCUGGGAGGCCUUCUUUCUGCCUACGAUUUGCUCACCGGUCCCUACAAGCACUUGGGGGCCGAUGCCCAGAAAGUCGAGGCUCUCCUGACGCAAGCUCAGACACUCGGUGACAGCCUCAGUGUGGCAUUCGACACGCCCAGCGGCAUUCCCGACGGAGUCGUGUUUCUAAAUCCAGCCAAGAAGAACAGCGGCGCGACCUCGAACAACAUUGCCGAGAUUGGCACCCUGGUGCUCGAAUGGACCCGUCUCAGUGACCUGAGUGGCAACCAAACGUACGCACGGCUUGCGCAAAGGGCCGAGAGCUACCUCCUGCAACCGACAGGUUCUCCCGAAGCAUGGCCCGGGCUGGUGGGCACGUUUGUGAGCACCGAGGACGGCAAGUUUCUCGACAGCCAGGGCGGCUGGAACGGUGGCGACGACAGCUUCUACGAAUACCUGAUCAAGAUGUACGUUUACGACCCCAAGGGAUUUGGCAAGUACAAGGACCGGUGGGUCGACGCCGUGGAAUCGACCAUUGCACACCUGGUGUCGCACCCGACCACCCGCAAGGACCUGUCUUUUCUGUCGGGCUACAACGGCCAAACGACGUUUCCCAGCUCCGGUCACUUGGUUGCUUUCGCCGGCGGCAAUUUCAUCCUCGGAGGCAUAGUCCUGGGCGAGGAAAAGUACAAGCGGCUCGGCAUCCAAGUCACGGAAUCGUACUACGAGACGUACGUGCAAGAAGCAGCCGCCAUCGGACCCGAGGGCUUCGCGUGGGUGGACGCGGCCCUCCCCUCGGGCGGCGCCAACAACAAGCUCCCUCCUGCCAGCCAGCAAGAGUUCUACAACAAGGCGGGCUUCUACACCACGUCGGGAUACUACAUCCUGCGCCCCGAGACGGUGGAGUCCCUGUACUACGCGUACCGCCUGACCGGCGACAGCAAGUACCAGGACUGGGCGUGGAACGCGUUUCUCCAGAUCCGCAAGCUGUGCCGGGUCAACGACGCGUACGCCGAGCUGACGGACAUUAGCAAGGCCAACGGCGGGGCGUUUGUGGACGAGAUGCAGAGCUUCUGGAUGGCCGAGACGCUCAAGUACCUGUACUUGAUCUUUGCGGCGGACUCGCCCGUGCAGGUGCAGGGACAGGGGGCCAAGAAUCAGUUUGUGUACAACACCGAGUGCCAUCCAGUGAGGGUGCGUGGGUGA